GGAAGCUAGAGGAAGAUCUGACAGUUUAAGGAUCUCCAUCGGGAACGGUUUCUGCCUCCAGAGCGAAGAGACUUUCAUUUAAAAGAUAAAGGCCUGUCGUGAUAAAAGAGAUUCAGGGCAGAGGGAAACUCCACCACCAAGUGUGGUACCAUUUCCCAAAGAAGCCAAAUGGACAAGAAGCCAUCUACCAGUAAAGGUUCAAUUUUCUGUUCAUUGCGCUAUGGGCUGGCUCUCAUCAUGCACUUCUCAAACUUUACCAUGAUAACCCAGCGUGUCAGUCUGAGUAUUGCAAUGAUUGCCAUGGUGAAUGGCACUCAGCAGCACGAUCUAUUGAAUGCCUCCGCAGAAGGGCCUUUUGUAGACACACUCAAUAAUCCCAUCAAGAAAUUUAAUGCAGGGGUCUCUGUAUAUGAAUGGAGCCCAGAGACCCAGGGUAUCAUCUUUAGCUCCAUCAGCUACGGGAUUAUACUGACUCUGAUUCCAAGUGGAUAUUUAGCAGGAAUAUUUGGAGCAAAAAGGAUGCUGGGCACCGGCUUGUUGGUCUCCUCCCUUCUCGCCCUCUUAACACCGUUGGCCGCAGACUUUGGAGUGAUUGUGGUUAUUGUUAUUCGUACAGUUCAGGGCAUGGCUCAGGGAAUGGCAUGGACAGGUCAGUUUACAAUUUGGGCCAAAUGGGCUCCUCCACUUGAACGGAGCAAGCUCACCAGCAUUGCAGGAUCAGGGUCAGCUUUUGGCUCUUUCAUCAUCCUCUGUGUUGGGGGACUAAUCUCACAGGCCUUGGGCUGGCCUUUUAUCUUCUACAUAUUUGGUAGCAUUGGUUGUGUCUGCUGUCUCCUGUGGUUCACAGUGAUUUAUGAUGACCCGAUGCAUCACCCAUGCAUAAGUGCGCGGGAAAAGGAGCACAUCACAUCCUCGCUGACUCAGCAGUCCAGUUCUCCUAGACGAUCUGUCCCCAUAAAGUCUAUGGUCAGAUGCCUACCACUUUGGGCUAUUUUCAUUGGUUUUUUCAGCCAUUUCUGGUUAUGCACCAUAAUCAUCACAUACCUACCAACCUACAUCAGAUCUGUGCUCCAUGUGAAUAUCAGAGAUAGUGGGGUUCUGUCUUCCCUGCCUUUCAUUGCUGCCUCGAGUUGCACAAUUCUAGGAGGCCAGUUAGCAGAUUUCCUUCUGUCUCGAAAUCUUCUCAAAUUAAUCACCGUACGAAAACUCUUUUCAUCCUUAGGGCUUCUCCUGCCGUCACUGUGUGCGGUGGCCCUACCCUUUGUGGCUUCCAGUUACCUGACAACCAUUAUUCUGUUAAUACUUAUUCCUGGGACUAGCAAUCUCUGUGACUCAGGAUUCAUCAUCAACACCUUAGAUGUCGCCCCCAGAUACGCAAGUUUCCUCAUGGGAAUCUCAAGGGGAUUUGGACUCAUCGCAGGAAUAAUCUCUUCCACUACCACUGGAUUCCUUAUCAGUCAGGAUUCUGUGUCUGGAUGGAGGAAUGUCUUUUUCCUGUCUGCUGCCAUUAAUGUGCUUGGCUUGGUCUUUUACCUCACAUUUGGAAAAGCAGAAAUCCAGGGCUGGGCCAAAGAGAGGCCCCUUACUCGUCUGUGA